AUGAACACCCUAUUUAAUCCAAAGAUCGCAAGCGCCAUUUUUGAUGUUUGUAACGAAGACGAAGACGACGAUGUCGAGUCAAGUUCACGUGUACCUCGAACCAGGAGGGUUUUAUCACGAGAUCAUGCCGGAGCCGCGGUGCGUUUAUGGAAUGAUUACUUUUCUGAUGCACCCACUUUCCCGGCCGAUUAUUUUCGAAGAAGAUUUCGAAUGCGCAAGCAUAUGUUUCUUCGUAUAUGCCAAGAUAUACACAACUUUAGCGCCAUCGAACCCCUACCCAAACAUUUUCUGUUUUUCCAAAAAAGUGAAACCGAUUGUACUGGUAGGGCUGGUUUCAACAUUUUUCAGAAAUGUACUUUCGCCAUACGUCAAUUGGCGUAUGCUUCUAAUGCCGACCAAUUAGAUGAGUACUUACACAUGGGUCGUGCGACUUCAACUGAAUGCUUGCAUAACUUUUGCAAGCGUGUUUAUUAUUUAUAUAACACUGAGUACUUAAGAAGACCGACAGCUCAAGAUGUUCAACAUUUGGUAAGUAAGCAUGAACAGAUUCAUGGUUUUCCUGGUAUGCUUGGUAACAUUGAUUGUUCGAACAACGACAUCAACGUCCCUAAUGAAUCAGAUUUGUUUGAUGAUUUACUCCAAGAUAGGGCCCCCGAAUUACAAUAUACUAUUAAUGGCGAAGAGUUUACGAAGGGAUAUUAUCUAGUUGACGGUAUAUAUCUCGAAUGGGCCACACUAGUCAAGUCUUUUAAAUGCCCGAUGGACCCAAAGACUACAAAGUUCAAGCGCUACCAAGAAGCUGCAAGAAAGGAUGUCGAACGAGCUUUCGGGGUGCUUCAAGGUCGUUGGGCAAUCCUUAAACAAGAUGCCCGCCCGCAUUCGGUGAACAAGAUAAAACGUAUGAUGUAUGCCUGUGUCAUUCUACACAACAUGAUUGUUCAAGACAACGGUAAUGCAAUUCCCGACCUUGAGGAGGAUUAUUUGUCUGAUCCAACUAAUAUGCCAAGACGUAUGUGGGAUGAAAGGGUUGCGACGCAAAUGCGAGUCGUCGGAGAGAUACGUGAUAGAAGGACGCAUGUUUGGCACCUUCUAGAAAAUUACCGUCAACGUUGA